CUUGGCAAUCAGCUGUUUAAAUGUUUACAUUCACAUUGCCGAAUCUUCAGGGUCAUUUUGGCGUUGAAACUGCAGCUUUUGUGCCUUUUCCACGGGUUUUUAGCCUCUCUUGACUGCCAAUUAGCGCUUGGCUUUCUGUAUUUCAACGUGAAUCGUGUGCGGCUUGUGUUUUGCGCUCAGUCUGCUCCGAAACUUCGACCGAUAAAAGCGGCCGGGAAAACUUCCGCUUCAUUUUGUUAGAUUCGUCGCGGGAGAUUGGGAAAGAGUGCUAACUGGUGCUUCACUAUCAUUAUCAGACAUUAGAUAAAAUCAUGGAGGAGACAUAUCUGUACGAUCCCAAUUUGCUGUUGAAACUGGACUUUCAUCGCAGUCCCGCCAAUUUCAAGCCCUUCAUAUCGGCGGCUAAUCCCGGCGAGCCCUGGAUGAAAGUGCGUCCUCUCAAGGACACCGACUACGAUCGUGGAUUCCUGCAGCUGCUCUCCCAACUCACCCAUGUGGGCAAUGUGAAUCGCACACAGUUCUUGACCCGCUUCUCGCAGAUGAAAGCCAGCGGGGAUUACUUUGUCACUGUCAUUGAGGACACUCGCAAGAAUGAGAUUAUUGGUGCGGCAUCCUUGGUGAUAGAGCGCAAGUUCAUCCAUAACUGUGCUGUGCGUGGUCGUCUAGAGGAUGUGGUGGUAAAUGACACGUAUCGCGGCAAGCAACUGGGAAAACUGAUCGUGGUCACCGUAUCGCUGCUAGCCGAGGAACUGGGCUGCUACAAAAUGUCGCUGGACUGCAAGGACAAGCUGAUCAAGUUCUACGAGUCGCUCGGCUACGUAGCCAUUCCCGGAAACUCCAAUUCCAUGACCAUUCGCUACGAUGAGGGCCCAACGCUCAAGCGGAAUGCUACCUCAGCCGGCUCCAGUGGAACAGUGGGCGACUCCUGCCAAACUAACUCUCAAUUUUAUAACUUUUUCUCCCCUUUCUGCUACUGAAUGUGCGGCUCAACUCUCAACUGCAAGGUGGUUGUAAUAUUACCUUUUAAGAGCACCUUCAUCAAGUAGCCCUAACAUUGAAACACUCGCAUAAAUACACUGUUAUUAACACUAAUCAACAAACGCGAUUAAAGCCCAAUACGAAUCUGUC